AUGGCCUGUCGGGUUGCCGGCGGCAACAACAACCCCGAGCAGCUCUGGCAAUCGCUCCUGCAGAAGAAAGAUGCCUCGGGCGAGAUCCCUGAAAUGCGCUGGGAGCCCUACCUGCGGCGCGACUCGCGCAACGCCAAGAUUCUCAAGGAGACCACCUCGCGCGGCUACUUCCUCGACCGGCUCGAGGACUUUGACGGCCAGUUCUUCGGCAUCUCCCCCAAGGAGGCGGAGCAGAUGGACCCCCAGCAGCGCCUGUCCCUCGAGGUCACCUGGGAGGCGCUGGAGAACGCGGGCAUUACGGCCAAGUCGCUCUCCGGCAGUGACACCGCGGUCUUCUGGGGCGUCAACUCCGACGAUUACUCCAAGCUGGUGCUGGAGGACCUGCCGAACGUGGAGGCGUGGAUGGGUAUUGGCACGGCGUACUGCGGCGUGCCCAACCGGAUCUCCUACCAUCUCAACUUGAUGGGUCCCAGCACUGCGGUCGAUGCGGCUUGUGCCUCUUCGCUCGUCGCUGUUCACCACGGUGUGCAAGCCAUCAUCCUGGGCGAGUCGAAGGUUGCCAUCGUCGGAGGUGUCAAUGCUCUGUGUGGGCCUGGAUUGACUCGCGUGCUUGACAAGGCCGGCGCUGUCUCUUCUGAAGGGCGAUGCUGCUCCUUUGACAACGAUGUCAAGGGAUACGGACGUGGCGAAGGUGCCGCGGCGAUUGUCCUGAAGAAUCUUUCGGCGGCCAUCAAGGACGGCGACCACAUCAUGGCCGUCAUUAAGGGUACCGCUGUGGCGCAAGACGGCAGGACCAACGGCAUCAUGGCCCCCAAUGCAAAGGCCCAGCAGCUGGUCGCCCACAACGCUCUAAAAGUCGGCAACAUUGACCCUCUGACCGUUGGCUACGUCGAAGCCCAUGCCACGUCUACUCCCUUGGGCGAUCCCACAGAGAUCUCCGCCAUUGCCGCGGUCUAUGGCGCAGACCGAGAGCCGGAAGCCCCCUGCUUUAUCGGCUCCAUCAAGCCGAACAUCGGUCACUUGGAGGCGGGCGCUGGCGCCAUGGGCUUCAUCAAGGCCGUCAUGGCCGUGCAAAAGGGUGUCUUGGCCCCGCAAGCCAACCUCACGACGCUGACCAAGAAGAUCGACUGGGACAAUGUUGGGCUCAAGGUCGUUCAACAAGAGACCAAGUGGCCAUCCACUGACGAUGUUCGCCGGGCUGCUAUCUGCUCCUAUGGCUAUGGCGGUACCGUUUCCCACGCCGUCAUUGAGCAGUUUAACUUCCCCGAGACAUUGGAUCUUAAGCCCGGCGCGUCCGCUACCAAUCCUACCGUGUUGCUUCUGUCCGGACCCCAGGAGAAGCGCCUGCCCAUUCAAGCUCGUGCCCUCCGAAGUUGGCUGCAGGCGGAUGGCUCUCAGCAGGAUCUGCAACGGGUGGCCGCAACACUGGCUGUCCGCCGUGACCACCACGACUAUCGCGCCGCCAUCGUGGUCGAAAGCAAGGAAGACGCCAUUCAGGCUCUGGGCCACCUGGCCGACGGAGCCAACGAUGCCUGGACCUCGCAGAGCCGUGUCUUUGGCUCCGGCAUUAACCGGGACGUGGUCUGGGUUUUCUCUGGUCAUGGCGCUCAGUGGGCCGACAUGGGAAAGGAGCUGUUGCAGAACCCUAUCUUCUACCAGGCUGUGCAGCCUCUGGACGAGAUCGUCGAGGCGGAGAUCGGUCUCUCGCCCAUUGCUCUCCUACGCAGCGGCGAGUUUGAAGCCUCCGACCACGUCCAGAUCCUGACGUACAUCAUGCAGAUUGGUAUCUCGGCAGUGCUCCACAGCCACGGGGUUUACCCUCAGGCCAUUAUCGGCCACUCGGUUGGAGAGAUCGCCGCCAGUGUCGUCGCUGGCGCCCUCACAGCUGAAGAAGGUGCUGUGCUCAUUACGCGUCGCUCCGUGUUGUACCGCCAGGUCAUGGGCCAGGGCGGCAUGAUUCUGGUCAACAAGCCCUAUGCCGAGGUGGCCCAAGAAUUGGCCGGUCGGGAGGACCUCGUCGUCGCGAUUGACUCCUCGCCCUCGUCCUGUGUCGUGGCUGGGUCGACCGAAGCUGUCGCUGACCAGGCGGCCGAGUUCAAGGAGCGAUCCAUCAAGACCUUCACCGUCCGCACCGAUAUCGCCUUCCACAGCCCCAUGCUCAACCAGCUGGUGGCCCCCUUAAUGCAGUCCCUGGAGGGGAGUCUCGCUCCCACGGCCCCAACCCGCGCGAAGCUCUACUCAACCUCCCUUCGCGAUCCCCGAGGCAGCGACUUGCGCGAUGCCGCUUACUGGGCCAACAACAUGGUCAACCCGGUUCACCUCACCUCGGCCGUACAGGCGGCGCUUGACGACUCCUACCGUGUCUUCCUGGAGGUGUCCUCCCACCCCCUGGUCUCGCACUCCAUCAAUGAGACCAUCAUGGAUGCCGGCAUUGAAGAUUAUUGCAUGAUCCCGACCCUGGCACGCAAGAAGCCCAGCGAGAAGAGCAUCCUUCACGCGGUCAGCCAGCUGCACACUCGCGGUGCCAACGUCGACUGGAAGUCGCAGCUGUCCGGUCCCUGGGCAGGCGGACUGCCCAACACCAGCUGGAUGCACAAGCCUACCUGGCGGCAGAUCGGGGCUGGCCCCGUAAGUACUUCACAGACUCACGAUGUCGAAAAGCACACGCUGCUAGGCCAGCGCAUUGGAGUGGCUGGAACGCACACGGUGGUGUACACCACUCGCCUGGACAAUGAGAGCAAGCCCUUUCCAGGCAGCCACCCUCUGCAUGGCACUGAGAUUGUGCCGGCCGCAGGGCUGGUCAACACCUUUGUCAAGGCCACCGGGGCCAAUGUGCUGAACAAUGUCGUCCUCCGUGUGCCUGUGGCCAUCAACGCCCCGCGAUCGGUGCAGAUUGUCGCUCAGCGCGAAGACGUCAAGAUCAUGUCUCGGCUGAUCCAGGAGAACGAGGGGAGCAACGAUGACUCCUCGUGGGUCACGCACACCACUGCGCGAUGGGAGUCGAGCUCCUCGUCUUCGGUCCCGGCUCCGAUCGACGUGGAAGCGACCAAAGCCCGCAUUGGGACACGUCUGCGCGAUGACUUCUCAAUCGACUAUCUUGAUAAGGUCGGCGUGUCCGCCAUGGGCUUCCCCUGGGCUGUGACUGAGCAUUACGGCAACACCCAGGAGAUGAUUGCCCGCGUUGACGCCGCUCCCUCUGUCGCGGCUGAUGCUGAGCUCCCCUGGGAUGCAUCCUCCUGGGCCCCGAUCCUGGACGCCGCCACCUCCGUCGGUUCGACUAUCUUCUUCAACGAGCCCCGCCUGCGCAUGCCAGCCCAGAUCGAGCGGGUCGACAUCUUCACCCGCGCCAACCCGCCCAAAGUCGGCUGGUUGUACGUGCAGGAGGCCUCUGACACCGCGCUGGCGUCGCAUGUGAGCGUGUGCGAUGAGGCCGGCAACGUCGUCGCCAAGUUCACCUCGAUGCGCUUCUCGGAGAUUGAGGGCACUCCCGGAGUCAGCGGGAGCAUGGAGAGCCUCGUCCAUCAGAUGGCCUGGCCGCCUGCAGUGCCGGCCGAGGAGCCUCUGCCCAUCAAUCAGCUCCUCCUAAUCUCCGAGGACGUCCCUCUCCGCGAGACCUACGCCGCCACCAUCUCGCCUUCCAUCCAAGUGAUCCAGCUCGCAAACGCCAACGACCUGAUCAUCAACCGCGCCGAAUCCCUGCUCACCAAAGAGACCGCUAUCGUUUACAUCCCGAGCCAGGUCUCCUCCCUGCAGGAUGUCCCCAAGUCGGCCGAGACAUUCACCUGGCAACUGCUCGAGCUCGUCAAGUUCGUGGUCAACAACGCGCUGCCCGUCAAGAUCUUCGUCGUCACCGCCAACACCGGCGAGGGCGAGACCCCUACCGCGCUGGCGCACGCACCGCUCGUCGGCCUCAGCCGAGUCAUUGCCAGCGAGCAUCCCGAUCAAUUCGGCGGGUUGAUCGACACCGAAGUGGCCACCUUCCCCCUGACAACGAUGCGCUACAUCCAGGGCGCCGACAUCAUCCGCAUCCGCGAUGGCGUGGCCCGGACGAUGCGCCUCCGCUCACUGCCCCGCCACCGGCUCAUCCAGCAGCAGGACGGGCAGCAGCAGCAGCAGCAGCAGCAACAGCAACCGCAGCUCCUCCCGCGGCCCGACGGCACCUACCUCAUCACCGGCGGCCUGGGCGCCCUGGGGCUGGAAGUCGCCGACUUCCUGGUGACGCAGGGCGCGCGCCGCGUGAUCCUCAUCUCGCGCCGGGGCCUCCCGCCUCGCCGCCUGUGGUCGAAGAUGGAGCCCUCCUCCCCUCUAGCCCCGACCAUCACCAAGAUCCUCGACCUCGAGGUCCGGGGCGCCACCAUCCACGUACUGCCCCUGGACAUCAGCCAGCCCACCGCAGCGGACGCCCUGACCACCGCCCUCGACACCCUCUCCCUCCCGCCCGUCCGGGGCGUCGUCCACGCCGCCGGGGUGCUGGACAACGAACUGGUCCUCGACACGACACCGGACGCGUUCGCGCGGGUCCUGGCCCCCAAGAUCACCGGCGGCCUGGUCCUGAACGAAGUCUUCCCACCGCAGAGCGUGGACUUCUUCAUCCUCUUCUCCUCGUGCGGACAGCUAGUGGGCUUCACGGGCCAAAGCUCCUACGGCGCCGGCAACAGCUUCCUGGACACACUGGCAUCGCACCGACAGGCGCAGGGGGACCGGGGGGCGCGCGCGUUCCAAUGGACCGCAUGGCGGGGGCUAGGGAUGGGGGCCAGCACGGACUUCAUCAACGCGGAGCUGGCCAGCAAGGGGAUCACGGACGUGACGGCGGACGAGGCGUUCGGGGCGUGGCGCCACGCGGCGCGCUACGAGGGGAUCGACCACGCGGUGGUGCUGCGCGCCCUGCCCCUCGACGCCGACGAGCCCCUGCCCUCCCCUGCCCUGGCCGACAUCCUCGUCCGUCGCUCCGCCUCUGCCUCCGCCGACUCCUCGUCGCCGUCAUCAUCACCCGAGAAGCAGACAAUCCCCACCUCCGGCCCCGAGCUCAAGACCUACCUCGACAAGGCGAUCCGCGGCUGCGUCGCCGCCGUGCUGCACCUCCCCGCCGCCGACGAGGUGGACAGCAAGGCCGCCCUGGCCGACCUGGGCGUCGACUCCGUCAUGACCGUCACCCUGCGGCAGAAGCUGCAGCAGGCCCUGCGGGUCAAGGUGCCCCCGACGCUGACCUGGAGCCAUCCGACCGUCGGGCACUUGGUGGGCUGGUUCGCCGAGAAGGUGGGCAAGGAGUAG